UUAUGCAGACAUCUUCAAGAUAACAAAAUCCAGAAAUUGGAAACAGGAACGUUCUCAGGUCUGACGCGGUUAUCGCGCUUGUAAGUUGUACUCGUUGAAGUGCUCUUUAUUUAUUUGAAUUUUUUGUUGUUAUUUGCAUUUGCAUUGGAGUUAAUGCUAGAGUAGCGUAAAGUACAGACACUAUCAGCACUAUACUACAGUAUCAAUCCAUGAAUCCGCCUGCUUUAAUGUGUUAACGGACUCAGUUGGUAAAAUCAGUCCUGCUCUCUUCGCUUAAUGAUUUUGUUUGCUUUUGUGUCUUUGUUGUCUCAGUAAGGAAUUCAAUUGCAAUAUUUUAUAUUCAAAUAACGUACAUAGUGUGCGGUGCAGACUCCUUAUCUCAAAUGUCCCAAAUUGCAAACCGUUCAGAGAAACUGAAAUAACAGAAGUAGAUUAUUUAGGGCGAUAUCAAUUGGGGAGUAAAUGUAAAGGAUGGGAAGAGAAAGCAGGUAUAUAUUUUCACAUUAUUUCCACAUUUUCUAUAUCAGUGCCAAAGAAAAGAGACGAUAAUAGAUUUAAGCUUAGUCGGCCCCUGAUUUUAGAUUGUUUAGCUUCAUGUUUCAAAAUUCAAAUUUCAGCAAAGAAACACAAAACCGUUUUUGGAUUCAUUUCCCCGAGGAACACACCCUGAGAAAUACAGCAACCAAUGUUUUUAAUAUAUAGUGACAGUUACUACCGGUUCGUUAGUUAUCUGCUUGGAGAUAAUUGACUAAUCUGUGGUUUGCGUCCGCAAUGCAUGAUUUUCAAUGUCCGUCUGUGUUUCUUUUAAUGGUGUGUUUGUCAUUGUUCUCUUCAAAACAUUGUAUGCGGUGUUAUCUGUUUUAAGUGAAAAUAUCAAGAGAGUUAAAAAAAGUGGAAUAUCCUCUUCAUCAACUGAUACAACUAGGUCGUCUAGAGAUCCAUAUAUCGUUCCCUUUAAUUUCAUUUCCCAACAUCGGUGUGCCAAAAAAGGGCAUUGUGAAUGAAGUCUCUAUUACCUUUUCUUGAGGGUGGCCUUUGCUCAAGGGUUGUUUCCUGUUGGUGCUGAUUUUCCUUUCACCUGUGAACUUUUUGGUCGGCACCAUUUGAUCAAGGAUAUAUUGUAUUGCAUAAAAAAAAGAAAAAAAUUACUGAGAUGAUGGUAAGCAUGGAGUCAUUCAUCAUUGACAGAAGAUAAUGUUCUUGCAAAUAAAUUGCUUCAAAAUAUGCUAAAUGCGCAUUCGCACAUUAAAAAUUAAAUUAGUUUCUCCAGGCCUGGUCCUGCUUGCUCGCCAUCAAGGCAUUGUCAUCAUCGUCUCCAGUGUCAUCAUCUUUGUAGCCGGUGUAAUUACCAUCUUCUGCAGGAAAAGUAACCCUCAUCUUUUUCACCGCCCACGGGGGAAUGACACUUCGAAAUUUUUUUCCCAAGAUAUCCAUGUAACCAACAGGUAAACUGAUCAUAUGCGGCAUAACGAAAUGACCUUAAAAUAAAGAAACAAUAAUUGAUUGAUUUUUGUCACAGAAAGAAUUACUAGUGUAUGCCAGUUUGCUGAUGAUCAUCUCAGACAUUAGGACCUUGUCUAGUUUUGAACCGCAAGUCUUCCCCUAUCCCCACCCGAACAAACCCUUCACUGAGUUUUGUGUCACAGGCAAGGUAGAAGGUCAAUUUCUUAUAAUAGGGAGUUUAAGCGAAGGUUUUCUAGAGCGAUGCACGUCAGCCAGAAGACGUCUAUAAAAAUGUUUUUCCUAUUUGUGAGGGUAUAUUUUUUGUAUAAUUAAGAGUUAAGGCACUUAGUAACUGUUUACCUACAGUGUAACAUAUGUAACUGUGUACCUAACAAAUGUGUACACUUUAAAAAUGAAUCAAAUUCAAAAAUGAAUCAAAUUUAAUACAGCUGGGCUAACAUUUCGUUACUAGACUAAUAUCAUAAGUGACGAAUUACUCCUUAAUUUUGGCGCGAAAUUUCAGCGUUAAUUUGUAAUUUCACAUGUGAAAUUACAAAAUUGCCAUGGCAACCCUUCCGUACGUCUCAGUGUCAAGAUGGCGACGAAGUUUUAAAAUGCCGUGAAUGAAGAUGUCAGGGCACAAAAAGACGCUUUAGAAAACCUGAACACACAAGAAAACAUCAAGAAGGAUUCUAACAGGUAUUUUGCCGAAAAAGUAUGAAAAAUUCUGAACUUUGUAAGCCAAAUUUAAGGUCUAAACAUUUGAGAGAGUGGAGUUCUCGAUCGAUACGAUCCAGGAUAAACAUGUCAAAAAUCCAAGAUUGCUAACGUAAUUCGUCACCCAUGAUAUUAAUAGGUAAUCAAAUGGUAUACUCGUGAAAUUAGGGAAUAAUUUCACUUGCGCUUUGUCCAAAUCCUUAUAUCCUUGGACAAAACGCGCGUGAAAUUAUUCACUAAUUUCACUCGUCACCAUUUGAUUACACAUACAAACAACCAUAAUACGCAGAAUUAUUGCGAAUUGUAAUUAUGCGAAUAAUGGCCAUGCGAUUUUGACUGCCCUGUUUUUGGUAUUUUUUAGCUUGCAUUUUCAAGCAGAAAUGGAAUCCAGUCGGCGGAAAUCAUAACCUCAAUGUCACUCGCACAAUUUUUAACUUAUCUGUUAUUAAGGAACUGGCAAUACGAAGUAUUUGGUGUUCCGCGAGUUUUGACCGUCAACUUCCCAUUCACUUCACAAGAUGGUGCCGCUAACACUAAGGGAAUUCGCCCAAGCUUGACGAGUUUACUGCUUUUAGGAGGCGAUAUAAAGUUGACUCCCGGCCCAGCUCAAAAGCAAGAAAGAAUCGAAAACAUGUAUAUAAAUCAAUAUCAAGCAAGAAAGAAUCGAAAACAUCUCAUGUCCGUCGCUCAUCUCAACGUUCGCUCUGUGGCGUCGCGCGAAAAUUUCUAUCUUCUUAAACAGACAGUUACCACUAAAAACUUCCAUAUCUUUAUAGUCUCUUUCUCGUGGCUGGACCGUACAGUAUGCAACGCGGAUAUUCUGUGUUUCAUAAAAUUAUAUUUCGGGACUUUCCAAUUAACCAUAGUCUCUCCAACUCAGUGGUUGCAGAGACUAUGAUUUAGCCUUAACAAAAUAAGGUGGUGGGCGACUGGGUUACUUUGUUUGAGAAGAAUUUGUUUCCCAGGCCUAAUCUAACGCGAUCGAACAUGAUUGGAAUUUUUGGGUGUACAUACAACACGACGUAAAAUUUGUUUCACUGUUGGACUGUCAAAUUAUUUUUCUCUAAAAUCACUUAGCAUUGGCCUCAAAAGUCACAUGAAUGUUCCCUAAAGUUAACUGAUUUGUGGAUUACAGGUUUAUUGUCUGAUUUAUAUUGUGAAUUUAUUAACGGGAGCUUCGCUUUUAGCUCUCGCUAAAUCUAUGUAUUAAUUCACUCCAAUAUUUUCCCUGUAUUUGGAUAGAAUAGAAUUUGUUUAUUGUAAAAUAUAUACUUACAUAACGUCUAAUUUUUUUGUAUUUAUCCCGUUUGUCUCCACAAUAAAUUUUUUUUGGGUCGACCCAAAAAAAAAUUAGAAGGGUUUGUAUAGAAUUUUCUGAGUAUAACUGGGCUACGAUCUCAGAGACAAUUUGCCGCGAAAUGCUCAUUUUUGGCAAGUAGGCCUCUUGGACAUUGUUCUUUCAGAAUAUCUAGACAAAUCCCAUAAUUUCAGAAAUUUCAUUUUUAUGACGUCAUCACUUUAGUACUCUAUUGUGGCGAAAUUGGCGAUUUUCGCAAAAAUCACUAGAGGGCUGGCGAUAUCCAGAAUGUGGGAUUAUAUUCAAAUUGGAUGCCAAAAGUGCCCCUCUAAGUAGAUAACGAAAGAGGUCCUUACACCGUAAUUUUUAGGGAGUUAUUAUAACUCCAAAAAUGAAGUAAAAAUUUUAGGUACAGGAUAACCCCUUUUUUGGGGUUGUUUUAACUACUAAUUUAACUCCGAAUUUGGGGUCAUUUUUAUGCUUUAAGAAGACUUCUUUUUACUCCCAGUCUGGAGAUAAAAUAACUCCCAAAUGGGGUUACUUUUACUCUUACAUGGGUUGUUUUUACUCUUUUUGAGUUAAUUUAACUCUGAAAGUGGAGUAACAAUUUUAGGUACAGGAUAACUCCUUUUUGGGGGUUAUUUUAACUCCUCAAUAUCUGGGGUCACUUUUACUCCCGAAAAAGAGUUCUUUAAGCUCCUUUUUGGAGUAAAAAUAAGUCCUAAAAAAAAGUUCAAAUUACAUGCCUAAUAAGAGGCCCCAAUAACUGUGAGGCAACAUUUAUCAAAGACAACUGAAUCAAAUAUAUCUGAAAACAACGAAUGGAAGUCGUUUCAGUUAAGCUUACGUAUUUGUGCCAUGUACUUCACAGGUUAAGUAAACAUUUUCUUCCUUUCGAUGUUGCUUGACUUACCAAAAGUAAUGUGGUGCGCUGAAAUAUCACACCAGCAUCAUCAUUUGCUUUUCAAAGUCUUACAAAAGGGAGAGAGUGUCCGUUCAAGCCGACCAAACCAAAUUUCAUGACCCACAGCUGGUCCACUAAUUACUCGAGGAGACAACCACCAAGUCCUUCAAAUAAUAGUAAUUCCUUACCAUGGACACUCUAACUUUUGAGGUUCGAUGUGGACCUAAACAAUCCUCAUUGGUGACAAUUCUCUUAACAUUGGUUCCAUUAAAUUGUGAGGCAGCCUUAAAACAACACCGACUGCGAAACACAUGGUUCCUAGAUAAAAUAUGCUUUCACAAUAACCAGUAUGUGCCCUUCAUUCUUUUUGGUUCUCCACUAUACUAGUAAUAGUUGACACUACAGCUUCCCCCGCUCUGUAUAUAGUAUUCUUGCUCCUUGUGUAGCUCUUUGAAAUAUAUCAAUUGAUAAUGAAGAUGUUCACACAUAUUCCAUACAAUAGGUGAGAUAAAUACAGGAAAUAAACGCAAGGUUCCAUGCACAGUUUCUGUUCGAUUUACACAGCUUUGAUCAAAACAUUCUCAGUGUCGAGAAUAGUUUAUUGUAAACCAUAAGAAAAGAUUUAAUUAGAAGUUUAAGUUUUCGCUAUUUCUAUUUCACUUUUUUACAUUUAGUUCAUUUUAUUUGCCGGAAAGUAAGCCUUAGAAAUUAAAAGGACGUUUGAUCAAUUCACGCUUGGGCAUUCUAGUCUUAUUUUAAACUUUAUAGCGGAAGGACAUCUGUGAGCAGGCAAUAAGUCAGCACAGGAUUUGAUGGUCGGCGAAUUUCUCUAAUCGUCCAUCGUUCUGUUAGUGAUAAGCUAGCCGUUGAAUCAUUCACUCGUCUUGCUUGUUUUGGGCCGAGUCUUAUUCCGACUUAUUUCAAAGAGAGAGAAUGAGUUUCUGGCAAGUUUCAUACUUGCGGGCGCAAACAAUAGAAACGUCAUCAUUACCCACCGAUUCCUCGCGGCCCCUGUUCAAGCAAAUCGAGAUUUUUUCUAUAUUGACUGUAUGACUGUAUAUUUCAACUGCAAGUACUUUCCUUAAUAUACGCGCGAGUUACUAGGGUGCCUCCUCAGGAUUUCGCCUUCUGGGCAAAAUCCCUGCGGGGGCAACAACAUUAUUUUUGUUUUCGUCGUUUUAAACUAUUAAUGCCUAGUUACCUGCACCAAUUCUUGUGAAACAGAUUACUAAAAGGAAAACGUAUAGUUAUACGUAGGUGACUGUACAGAUUUCUAUGUUUAAUUAUAACUCUUACUACAUAAGGGUACAGCUGCUCCAGUAUUCUUUUGUCCGGUUUUCAGGCCAUAAUUAUCUCAAAUACGCAAAAUAACACUGAUGGGUUUUCGAGGGAAACGGCGACAAGAGUCGGAAAUUGAAAGAAAAAUCUCUUUCAAGCCAGCCUUCUUUCUAUUUUUGUUUUAAUUUUCUCCUUCCAAAGAUGGUUUGAAGGGUCAAUCUAUAGCUUUGUCUGACCAUAUAGAAUAAUGUUGUAGAGACAAAAUUUUAAAACUACCACAAAAAGUCUUUGGGGGUACAGAGCCCCUCUUUUUUGUAAGAAAAACUGUUAACGUUAUGAUAAUGGGUUAUGGGAGUUAAGCUACCGACUUAUGCGACGACGUUUCCUUACACUGAAGAAGGGUUAUACACCCGAAACACCUAUUUUUACGACCAUUUCUAGAAACAAUCAGAGGAGCAUAACUCUGGAGCAACCUCUUGAAUUUGUUUGUUUGUUUGUUUUUACAUUAGGGAUCUUCAUUCCAAUAACAUUCUGGAUCUUGACGCAGGCGUAUUCUCCAACCUGACAAAUUUGAGGAGCCUGUAAGUUGUCUGAAUACUUGUUAAAUAAUGUUGGUUUAAACUGUUUGACACACUAUUUCAAAUGAAAAUGCUUGCUUGCUUGCUUACUUGCUUAUUUCGAGCGAACUCGAACUCCAUUAACUAGCUUCAUCCAUUCCUUCCGGUUUCCCAUGGUGCUCUUCAGUUUAGCAAUGCUCAAACCAGUAUCAUUAGGAACAGCCUUAGUCAGUUCUGAUAAUUCUGCAUAGAAUUCCUCUCUGUCGUCCACGUUAGAUACAUUGGUGUGGCUGUAGCAGAAUAUGACAGUAACAGCAGGAUUUCCAUUGAAAGUGGCAAUGAGAGUCCUUGGAUUGAUGGUUUCUACCAAGUUCAGUGCUUUGUGUGCUUUCGGUCUGAGAAGUAAGCCAACACCUCGUAUUGUUGAGCUAUUUGUAGCUUUUUCAGCGGAAGAUGUAAUCAUAACCCAACCUUUCUUCAUGUCAUGGUACUUCAACUCGAUGUCAUCUUGGUAGAUCCGAUGUUCUUAGAUACAUAUGACAUCAAUGUUCUGUUCCCUAGCUAUUGAAGUUAGUUCACCUGUCCUUCCAAUGGAGCUCAGAGUGCGACAGUUGAAAGUUGAAACAAGAGUAGUCUUUUUACACUUAAAAAGCCGGCGAUCCUUCGAAAUGUUUAGGCCAGUAGCAUUCUUUUCGAUCCCAGCCUGGCAUCCCACUGGGGGACGCGCUCCUUGGUGACCCACGCGACGAGCGAUGUGGUAUGAAGAAGUUGUAGAAUUGUUAGUCAUGUUCUUUUUCAAUUGCUUUCACACUUCCAAGAGGAAGUACGAUUCAGUACUAGUGGUCGCAACUCCUACUAGUAACCGCAGUUUUCUACUAAUGAGAAAUGGUUGAACCAUGCCGUUGUGUUUAACAGUGUAAUUCAUCAUCCGCCAUCGAUCAAAACACAAAUAGCCAUAAUAUCUGUCUGCCGGUAUUUGCCUAUCAGUGCCACAGAAGAGCUGCUGCCCAUUCCUAGAUUUUUUGUCAUCGAGGUUUACUCCUUUAGUUGAUUAAGAUUUCGUCUGGUUCCUACCCUUCAAUCUGUCUGGCAUGGUUAAACCUGCCAGGAGACUUGCUCCCGCCAGCUUAGCUCUCCGGAUCAUACGAACACACAAGCUAAUCCACCACGCCAAGGUACUUAAUCAGCGGAUCAGAAAUACUUAAUGUAAAUGCAAAUCAAAAUACUUAGUGUCAAUGGCACAGUAUAUGCAAUGUCUCGUAAACAGGACAUUUCUUGUAUCAUUUAUAGUAAAACCGAUUAAUAGGAAGGUGAACGCAUUACAAUACAACUGAAGAAGGGUAAUACACCAUAAAAGCCUGUUUGUACAACACGUUCUAAUAUUUCUUUCAACAAUAUAUUUUAUGAUUUGUUUCGUUGCAAAUGUGACGCAUCUUUCUAGCGAAUGUUCCGUUGGUUGUCUGACCAUACAUGGGAUUUUAGACCCUUUAAAAAGUGUUUUUCUCAAAACAUUGCAUUUUCUAAGGUUGCAUUUUGUUUAAAUGAAAUGGUUAAUUUGCUGAUUGGUGAGCAAGGUUUUCUUGGUCAAGUGAUAACGCUCCCUUUUUUUCAUGCUGGAGGCUCGUUGCUUUUUAUAAAUUACAUAGCUAUCAACACUGCAAGCUUUCACACCUUAUAAAUAUAUUAAGUUUUAUUUCUUUCGGAAAUGAAUCUCAUUCUCUUAAAAAACAGCUGCGUAGCCUUUGACAUAUUUUCAUCCGUUUGAACCGCGUCAAUAAAACGUUCUUAAAAAAUCUGUCAUUUUCGCACCAGAGUAGGAAUGCAUAUCAACGCCUCUUUUGUUACCUACCACGUGACUGAGUGCUUCCAACGCCGCUCUUCGUCUUGUCGCAUUUGCCACGUCUGCUCCGCCAUGCAGAUCCUACAAAUUUGCUUGUUCCCAGUUGGCUACGACAUUCUUCGACAGUGUAUUAUUACACCACUGAAAAGAGCUCAUAAUACCCUUAUCCAGAACAUUGUCAGCACUUCCUACUAUUCCACAGCUUCCAAUAGUAAGACUUUCAUAGAAUGCAGGAGAAGAAAUACGUGAUUACGCCUUAACGUAUGGAGCUGCCGUUCGGCCAAGAAAAUAACGUUAGCAGACAACCAUGGCUAGUUAUGAAACGAUGCCAGAGAUUAUUUAUCAGAGACAGCUACAGAUAUCUGCAAACAGAGACAACCUGUCCUCAACUGAAUCCCCUAAAGUGAGAGAGCUCGAGAAAGAAAGGGAGGUUGAGACCCGGGAAAGUGACCCCGAUAAUGAUGAUGAGGAUGUAGAAUGCGAUUGAAGUACGGACGAACACGAGGAACUGGCAGGUGGAGACUCCAGGUCGAAAUUUGACAGACUGCCCAUUUUCUUAGUAGGAGCCAGGACGCGUUUUGGACGAAAAGUCAGAAUAAACCACAGACAUUUAAUGUAGAGGUAGAUCGAUCGUUUAGCUUAUCAGAAAAUAUGAAAAUGAAAUGCCAAGGGCUACUUAAACAUUCCAGUAAUGUUGAGAGAUAUUGUUCUUUAAAGCGCGAGGACGUUUAACUUUGUAAAAUUGUAUAGCUAACACACAGCCCAAGGAGCGUUUUCACAUGAGAAAUAAUCGGCGGAUUCGGAUUUAGGAUUUUUUUUAAUGGAUCGACGGAUUUGCAUACUCCUAUUCACGCCCCUCUUGGAUUACGGUCGAUUGAGAAAACUAAUGGAUAGUAGGGAUAUUGUCUUGUCUAGGCGUCAUGGACUUUCAUAGUUCCUAGCUCCCCAUCGAGAUAAAAAAUUAAAAAGUGAGUUUGAAAAAUAUCAAGUUUAAAUUAACAAACCUUCCACUGGCUUUGACAAAACAUCCCACUUCUCUUGAAAUGACUGUACACACCAAGAAGAAAAGUAGGUUGAGUUUGAUCGUCCGGGUGAACGUAGUCCUGAAUAGGACUGUUGUUGUUUUGGUGUCUAGUAGACACCAAGAAGAAUGCGUCCGGACACUCUCAGUGCUCGAAGAUUGACAUUACGAAACUUCUUCCUCGUCUAAAUCCACGGGGUUCUCUCUUCAGCUUCUUCACUGGAAGAGGACUCAGCAACAAGAUGAUAAUGCUAAAUAGACAUCGAGAUUGCUUCUGCAGGUCACGACUCGAAGCUUGUUGUUUUUAACAAAAACACCAGAAUUGCGUCCAAGCAGCCAGGGCGAGCAAUCUUAUUACGUCAUCACCCCAGAGGGCCUUGCACGCCGAUAAAAGUGGCGGAUGCCCGAAGUUCCAAUCUUUCAUUCUAUAGGCCUCUUUUGAACGGCAAAAAAAAAAGUAACUAAAUAUAUUUCUGUCGGAAAAAUCUCCUUCGGAAUCUUGAAGAGCACUUUGAGCAAGAUUUUCUUAUUAAGAGUGGUGUUAUCGUGAUAGGAGUUUUUAGCGUUCUUGUCUACCUAAUUCUUUUGUUUCUUUUAUUAUGCAGAUAUCUUCAAGAUAACGAGAUCCAGAAACUGGAAAACGGAACGUUCUUAGGUCUGAAUUUUCUACAGCUAUUGUAAGUUGUACUCGUUAAAGUGCUCUUUAUUUAUUGGAAUUUUUUUGUUGUUUUCGGCAUUUGCAUUGGCCUUAAUACCAGAGUAAUGUAACGUACAGACACUGUCAUCACUAUACUACACUAUCAAUCCAUGAAUCUGCCGACUUAAAUAAUAAUGGACUCAGUUGGUAAAAUCAGUCCUGCUUUCUUCGUUUAACGCUUUCGUUUGCUUUUGUGUCUUUGUUAUCUCAGUGAGGAAUUCAAUUGCAAUAUUUUAUAUUCGAAUAACGUACACAGUGUGCUGUACAGACUCUUUAUGUCAAAUAUCCCAGAUUGCAAACCGUUGAGAGAAACUGAAAUUACAGAAGCGGAUUAGUUAGGGCGAUAUCAAUUAGGGAGUAAAAGUAAAGGAUCGGAAGACAAAGCGGACAUAUAUUUUCACAGGAUUUCCACAUUCCAGAUGAAUGUUUUCCACAUCAGUGCCAAAGAAAAGAGAAGAUAAUAAAUUUUUGCUUAGUCGGCUCCUGACUUUAGAUUCUUGAGCUUCAUGUUUCAAAAUAGCCUCUUUGCAUGACUUGAUCACGUGAUCAACUUAAGCUAAACACGAAAACAGUUCACUUUUGAAAAGUUUUGUUGGCACAAGCUGAAAGACCAUAUUAAAAUUAGCUGGUAGAACCUGAGAAUUUUGAGACGUAUAUCUCAAAAGUAGCGAUUGCAACGGCCGCCAAAGGUUGGAAGCAUUUGAAUGAGAAAAACAGCUUUUACCAUCCAGUCACGCUUGCAUGGUUUUCCAUUCAAAUCCUUGUAAUUUCGAAAUUUUCAAAACUGUCAUGAAAUAUUUCCUUAAGCAUAACAGGGCACAAAUCUCCUUUUAAUUCAUAAAGGCAAUUUGAGCCCUUAAAUGCGUAUAGGAAAGAUUUUACGACAGUUUAAAAAUUUUAGAAUUUACGAGGGUUGUAAAACCGAUAAAGAGCCUCAUUUGCUUAAAGGUCAGCUGGACAUGUCACGUUCUGACAUUCGAGUGCAACAACAAGGUCUGGAGACCCACGUUCAGUUUGGUCGUUCAAGGUUUAUAAUUCUUUUCCUGCUAGCGUUAAGUUCAGUUUGAGUUCAGAAAAUUCUGCCAUUGCUCUUGCUAAUAGUCAACAAGCGAAAACUUAUGGUGUGGGACAUGUUGUCGUGCGCCUUGGUAACAGCGGGUUUCAAAUGCAUGUAAUUGUUCCUGAGAUUGAGGAUGAGGGCAUUUUCGGUUUGGACCCCCUGUCACAAGUUGAUUCACGUAUUGACAUUGUGACAAACCAACUGCCAAUUCAUGGCAAAGUGUUUGAUUGUUCUGAUUUCAAGAACCAACCCCUUAGUCCCAGAUGUGUGGUUCGCCGGUCAACCAUGAUUGAACCUAACACUGAGGUGAUCGUCCCAGUCCUCGUUCGAGGGCCAUGUGUUAGAAAACUCUUUACUGGGUUAAUCAUGUAUCUACCCUCUCUAAAUAAAGAACAUUGUAUUGUAUUGUAUUUAACAUUGUUCACAAGCGUUCAUUUAACUUAGAUCCAAGGCCGUCUCAAUUAGGCACGCGAUUGUUAAAACCAUAUCUGAACUCACAUUUGCAACAAAAAGGACUUUAUGUUGCAAGGACUCCGGUUAAUGUUAAGGAGGACAGGGUGGUACCCUUACGUGUUUUUAAUGUUUCUCAUGAAGUGUUUCAUUUGGCUGCUGAGACUGUGAUUGUCUUCGCUAAGCCAGUUACUGAUGUCACCUCCCUAGAGCUUAAUGAAGAGAACUAUGACGGUGCUAUGGGCCAAGCUAGAGUAAUAAAUGAACAUGUGUCACAAGGAGCAGUCGAUAAGACUCUACCGAAGGACUUACGGGAACUACUUGAGAGAAGCACGGAUAAUUUAACUGACAGUGAAACUGGGAGACUGCAGGAGAUGCUAUUCAGUUACAAGCAUGUGUCCUCAAUCUCAGACGGGGACUUGGACACCACGCACAUGGUCCAGCACAGAAUCGAUAUGGGCAAUGCUCUUUCAAUCCGAAUUCAACCCCGGCGAACUUCUUCAUGGAAACAUGAUGAGAUAGAUGGACAAGUCACUGACCUCCUACAGCAGGGGAAGGUGAAGGAAUCGUCCAGCCCCAGGUCUUUUCCGGUUGUGCUAGCAACCAGAAAGGACGGUAGCCAUAGGCUGUGCGUGGAAUACCGCCAGUUUAACGCAGUGACGGUAAAGGAUGCCUUCCCCUUGCCACGGGUUGAUGAUUCUCUUGCUGCUUUGAUUGGUUCCCGAUAGUUCUCAAGUUUGGAUCUUGCCUCAGGUUACUGGCAAGUGCUAAUGGAUGCGGGCACCAAGGAGAAGGCAGCAUUCGUAACUUCAAGCGGCUUGUGUGAGUGGACUGUGAUGUCUUUGGGCCUCUGCAACGCACCCAGCACCUUUGCCAAAUUGAUGGAACUUGUUUGGAAGGGCCUACAUUGGAAGAUUUGUUUGAUCUAUCUUGAUAACGUGAUAGUUAUGGGACGCAUUUUUGAAGAAGAAUUAGAGCGGUUGAAAGAGGUGUUCGAGCGACUAGCCAGGGCAGGACUAAAACUUAAGCCAAAGAAGUGUUUUCUCUUCCAGAAAAGGGUUUCGUACCUCGGAUAUGUGGUCACGGAGGAAGGCAUUGCUGCAGACCCUGAAAAGGUGGAGCAAGUUCGCACCUGGCCCACCCCAGAAAACAGCACGGAGGUCAAACGUUUCCUUGGACUUUCCUCUUAUUACUGCCGAUGCAUCCCUGAUUUCUCGACCAUAGCUAAGCCGUUGUACAAGCUAACGGAAGCCAAGGCGUAAUUUGAUCGGACAGAGCAAUUUCAGUUGGCUUUUGACAGCCUGAGGGGUUUACUUACGUCCGGUAGAGUCUUAGCCUACCCUACCAGGGAGGGAGAGUUUGUGCUAGACACCGAUGCGUCAGUUCAUGGCAUUGGGGCAGUGUUGUCACAGUUUCAGGACGGGGUGGAAAAACCCGUUGCGUUUGCAAGUCGGACAUUGUCCAAGUCUGAAAGGGACUAUUGCGUGACCCGUCGUGAGCUCUUGGCAGUCGUUGAGUUUGUUAAGCAACACUGGCAUUACCUACAAGGUACAAGAUUCUGCAUUUGAACUGAUCAUGCCGGAAACGCAAAACAACAGGUCCGGUUUCUAGGGCUCCCUGUCGAACGUGCAACCUAACUAAUGAACUCAUGAAAGCUGAAGCUCUACCAGUAUCGACCAGCACAGCGACAACUGAAUGCUGAUGCACUUUCCCGCAGACCCUGUGGUGUCCGUUGUAAGUGGUGUAAGGGCUGGAAGUCACGGGAGCGAGCGUCAUUUGUUGAUGUGGGUGUUCAGACUGUGAUGCAUGUCCCUUGCCAGGACAACGAACGACCUGUGAAUUGUGAAGAAUCUGUUGGUGCUCGUUGUGCCACUGUCAAGUUAGAACCAACCUGGACUUCAACUUUGUUGAGGGAACAGCAGGAAGCUGACUUUGAUCUCCAGGUUAUUAUUGGUUGGAAGGAAGCCGGCAAAGAAAAACCAUUGUGGGAAGAUGUGUCGCCUUAGAGUUGUGCUGUGAGGACCUUGUGGUCAGAGUGGGACCGGCUGCUCUUCGGAAACCGUGUACUUUGUCGCUAAUGUGAAAGUGACGGAGGAGAACAGAUUAUUGACAAGGUCAUUCUUCCCGAGAGUCUUCGACAGGCUGCUCUCGAAGCUCAUCAUAGUCAUACGACUGCGAGUCAUCGUGGUGUACGGAAGACUCUAGGCGCUCUUCAAUCUCGUUAUUACUGGCAGUUCACAGAUUUGUCGCCAGGUGCCAUGCAAACGUCGUGUUCCGUUAAAUCAGUACGUGGUGGGAGCUCCCAUGGAACGAAUCGCGAUUGACAUUCUUGGCCCACUGCCAGAAACCCGAAAAUUAACAAGUUUAUACUCGUGGUUAGUGACUAUUUCACAAAAUGGACUGAGAUAUAUACAAUGCCCAACCAGGAGGCCACCACUGUUGCAGAGAAGCUUGUGAGCGAGUUCAUUUGUUGCUUCGGUGAACCUCGUCAUCUUCUUAGCGACCAAGGAACUAACCUUGAGUCAAAGGUGUACAUGGCAAAGAUUAGCUUGGUUAAAACGUUUUUUCGGUGGGACCAAUGGAACAUGGAAAAGCUACCUACAAUACAUAGUGAGCUCCGUUGGGGGAUUGUUCUUUUUUAACUGCAACUACAAUAUCUCGGAUUACACAAUUCCUUCUCAAUUCCACCAGGAACUAUUGUCAUGGUGGUCGCAAUUUCGUGAAACGUUUGCCACUGAAGAAGAUUGGAAAACCAUAAUCUGGAAUAACAAAGAAAUAAAAGUGGAAAAGAAGCUGGUUUAUUGUAAACAUUAUGUUAAUGCGAGAGUCAUUUGCAUUCAAGAUCUUUUAUCUAGUCUGAACAGUACUGAUUCCUAUAAUGAACUGUCGAAAAACAUAUGCAAAACAAAUAUUUUAGAAUGGGCUGGCUUAUGUAGGUCCAUUGCAUUAUCGCUUAGAAGUUACGACAGGUAUCCCUCCAUAAACUCACCAACCUUUGUGAUGGGUGACAACAUUUUUUAUGUUACGAAAGGGAAAUCAAAGGAUUACUACACUCUUCUUAUCAGAGAAAAAGCCAAACCGCCCUAUAUAAUUCAAAAGUUACAGAGUAACUUUCAUUUUAACAGCGACAAUCUGAAACAAAUAUUUAAGCUGCCACACUCUAUCGUUGUCCAAUCGUAUGUUAAAGCCUUCCAGUACAAAGUAAUUAACUCAAUUCCUUACACAAAUACAAGGUUGUAUAAAAUAGGUUUUAGAACAAAUGAUUUAUGUACUUUCUGUGACAAUCACCCCGAAUCAUUAACUCAUUUGUUCUAUCACUGCUCACCUUCUAAACAGUUUUGGAUUGAAUUUGAAUUAUAUUGGUGCCUUAUUUCGAAUGAACGACUUCGUUUCUGCGUAGAAAAUGUGCUGUUUGGAAUUUCGACGGAAAAUGCUUGCCCUUUACUUCAAUUGCUGAACUAUUUUAUGCUUAUUGGGAAACUCUUUUCGUGGGACUGUGGGAGCAAACAAAUCCUUCCAAACAUUUAUGGAUUUAGGGCGGAGAUCAUCGCUAAAUAUGAAGAAAAAAAAAUCAGCAACAAAGAUUUCUUUAAAUGAAAUUGGAUACUGACGCCUUAUUUAAGUUAAAUAUCUUAACUUAGCAUUACUUGAUUGCCCUGUUGUACUUUUUUCUAGUUUCUUUUAGCACUGUAAUAAUUUAACGAUUAAUUUUGCUUUACUCUGUUAAUGUCUAUUAAUGCUUUUUUGUUAGUAUUGUAAAUGUAAUGAUCUAAUGUGAUUAUCAAUAAAUACCUUAAAAAAAUGUUUAGGGCUUACACUUCCAAAAUGGUUUCUCUGGUGAUUUCGAUAGUAAAAUAGUACAAUUUAUUUGGAUCAAAUAAACGGUAAUCCAUCAAGUAAUUUUGGUAAUUAGGAGGCCAAGGAUUGACAGCCGCAAUCAAACCACCAGGCUAGUCUUGUCUGGGCAUCACGGACUUUCAUAGUUCCUAUGGCUCCCCAUCGAAAUAAACAAAUUAAAAAGUGAGGUGGAAAGUAACAAACCUUCGACUGGCGUUGACAAAAAAGGGAGUUCUUUGCAUCACACAUUCACUUUCACUUGACGUGACUGUACAUCUUUUACAAACACAACAAGAAGAAUCUGUCCGGCGUCUUUCAAUGCUCGAAGAUUGACAUUACGAAACUUCUUCCUCCUCUUAAUCCUUCGCGUCUUCUUCACUGGAAGAGUACUCAGCCUCAAGCUGAUAAGGCUGAAUAGACAUCACGAUCACUUCUGCAGGUCACAACGCGAAGCUUGUUGUUUCUAACAAAAACACCAGAAUUGCGCCCAGGCAGCUAGAGCGAGCAACCUUAUUACGUCAUCACACCCGAGAGCCUUUCACGCCGCUGAAAAUGGGGGAUGCGGGAGUUUUCAAUCUGUCAUUCUCUAUAGGCCCCUUUUGAACGGAAAAAAAGUAACUUAAGAAAACGAACAAUUUUUUGUGGGAAAAAUAUCCUUUGAAAAUCUUAAAGAGUAUUUUGGGCAAUAUUUUCUUAUUAACAGUGGUGUUAUCGUGAUAGGAGCUUUUAGCGCUUUUGUCUACCCAAUUCUUUUGUUUCUUUUAUUAUGCAGAUAUCUUCAAAAUAACAAAAUCCAGAAACUGGAAAAAGGAUCGUUCUCAGGUCUGACGCGGUUACCUAUAUUGUAAGUUGUACUCGUUGAAGUGCUCUUAAUUGAAUUGAAUUUUUCGUUGUUCUUGGCAUUUGCAUUUGAGUUAAUGCUAGAGUGGUGUAAAGUACNAGUAUUUUGGGCAAUAUUUUCUUAUUAACAGUGGUGUUAUCGUGAUAGGAGCUUUUAGCGCUUUUGUCUACCCAAUUCUUUUGUUUCUUUUAUUAUGCAGAUAUCUUCAAAAUAACAAAAUCCAGAAACUGGAAAAAGGAUCGUUCUCAGGUCUGACGCGGUUACCUAUAUUGUAA